AGGUGCCUCUGCUUCCCUGGCGCCUGCACCCGGGAAAGCGGCUUCACGCGCAUCCUCCGGCCGUGCCGGGCCGUCAGCGACAGGGCAAGGAGGCUCAGCACCGGCCACCGAGCCCGCGGGCUUGUCUGCGGCACUCAGAGGACCCGGCUCUUCCCCGAGGCGCCCUGAAGCUUUGUGUAAGAAGCUGAGGAAAGUCUGACGGGACUGUUUUUUGUUUUUAGUAAUUAAAAAAAAAAAGUUUUCUAAGUCUCGGUUUUUAGAAAUUUUUGCGGACUUUGCCAUACUCUACCUCUUCGCCUCCUUUCUCUUGCUCUGGGUGUCUUUUUUUUUUUUUUUUUUCUCCCCCGCUAUAAGUAUUUUUACUGGCCGCAGAGCAGACGAGACAUGGACGUUUUGUAGUUGAAAUUGUAGCUUACAACCUCGAGAAAGUAGGAAAGAUGGACAAAAAGUCCUUUGAAACGGUGCUGGAUGAAAUUAGAAAGGCUGUUUUGACGGAGUACAAAUUAAAAGCAAUUGAAUAUGUGCAUGGAUACUUCUCUAGUGAACAGGUGGUUGAUUUACUGAGAUAUUUUUCCUGGGCCGAGCCUCAGUUGAAGGCAAUGAAGGCAUUACAGCAUAAAAUGGUAGCUGUUCAUCCAGCAGAAGUAGUAAAUAUACUCAACUGUUUCACCUUCAGUAAGGACAAGCUAGUUGCUCUUGAGCUGUUGGCUUCAAACAUUGUCGAUGCUCAAAACUCUCGUCCCAUCGAAGAUUUAUUCAGGAUAAAUAUGUCUGAGAAGAAACGGUGCAAGAGAGUACUUGAACAGGCUUUUAAGGGGGGCUGCAAAGCUCCUCAUGCUAUGAUAUCUUCUUGUGGAACCAUCCCAGGAAAUCCAUAUCCCAAAGGAAAACCUAGUCGCAUAAAUGGAAUUUUCCCAGGUACACCUUUGAAAAAAGAUGGUGAAGAAUGUACCAAUGAAGGCAAAGGAAUAGCUGCACGGAUUCUUGGACCAUCCAAACCUCCUCCUUCAACAUACAAUCCACAUAAACCUGUUCCUUAUCCGAUACCUCCAUGCCGGCCGCAUGCAACUAUUGCACCAAGUGCUUUCAACAAUGCAGGUCUGGUACCAUUGGCCAAUGUCAUAGCUCCAGGAGUACCUCCUCCACCUCCAUAUACUCCUAAUCCAGUAGGAACAGAAAAUGAAGACCUUUCUAAUCAGUCGAAACCUACACAGAAUCAAACAUUUUCUACCCCAGCAAGUCAACUCUUUUCUCCUCAUGGUUCUAAUCCUUCAACACCUGCUGCGACACCUGUCCCUACUGCAUCUCCAGUCAAGGCAGUCAAUCAUCCGUCAGCAUCAGCAGCAGCCAGCAUUUCUGGGAUGAAUAUGCAAAACACUGUCCUUCCUGUGUUCCCAGGACAGGUCUCCUCAGCCGUUCCUACGCCUCAGCCAUCGACACCAAACCCUACAGUGAUCAGAACCCUUUCGCUGCCUACUGCACCUGUUACUUCCAACCACAGUACAACAUCUGCUCCUAUUCCUUCUGUUUUUUCUGGCCUAGUGCCACUGCCAGGUCCUUCUGCCGCUCCUACUCCAGCCCCUCAAGCCACGUCUACACCUCGGGCCACUCUUGCUUCCAGUGAAACUUUCGCUUCUACUUCUGCUUCUUUCACUAGCCUCUCCUUUUCUGCCAGCUCCACUGCUGCUUCUACCAACAACCCCAAUUCUGCUUCACUGUCGUCAGUGUUUGCAGGUCUCCCUUUGCCCUUAGCACCAACUUCCCAAGGUGUAUCCAACCCAACUCCCGUAAUUGCCGGCGGUGCUGCUCCCAGUGUUGCUGGUCCACUUGGUGUAAACAGCCCUCUUCUGUCUGCUUUAAAAGGCUUUUUGACAUCAAAUGACUCCAACUUAAUGAACUCCUCUGCUUUAUCCUCUGCUGUUACAAGUGGGCUGGCUUCAUUAUCUUCUCUCACUAACCCCAACUCUGAUGCUGCUGCUUCAGCCCCUAGCAAAUGCUUCACCCCCUCGGCUGUUCCUGCUCCCCAGAGGUCUUCCACUCCAGGGAUGGCCAUGUUUCCGGGCCUGCCAUCCCCUGUGGCUAACGCCACUUCUGCUGCCCCUACUUUGCCUGCCCAGUCUCCCUUGGCUACUCCCACGUCGUCCUCAGCGUCUGUGCCAGUGAGCUGUGGCUCCUCCACUGCCCUUUUGCAUGGCGCUCACCCAGGUACCUCAGAACUGCACCUUCCAUCCACCCCUGCUGUAACGACAAUUCCAGUGAUGAUCAAAACUGAGCCCACGAGUCCUACUCCCUCCGCCUUCAAAGGCCCGUCUCAUUCCGUGAAUCCCGCUCAUGGCACGUUAGGUUUGUCAGGGACCUUGGGCCGUGCAUAUCCCUCAACAUCAGUGCCCAUCAGUCUGUCUACUUGCCUUAACCCCGCAUUAUCAGGGCUCUCCAGUUUGAGUACUCCCUUAAAUGGUUCAAAUCCCCUUUCUUCCAUUUCCCUUCCGCCACAUGGUUCCUCUGCUCCUAUCCCUCCAGUAUUUACUGCUCUGCCUCCUUUUACUUCUCUAACCAACAGUUUUCCUUUAACUGGCAACCCAUCCCUUAAUCCCCCAGUGUCUCUCCCGGGGUCACUAAUAGCCACCUCAUCUGCCCCUGCCACCUCCACCUCCGUCCCGCAUCCCAGCUCGACAGCAGCCGUUCUCUCAGGGCUUUCUGCCUCGGCACCAGUCUCAGCGGCACCUUUCCCCCUCAACCUGUCUACUGCUGUCCCCUCGCUUUUCUCAGUCACCCAAGGACCUCUGCCCUCCUCAAACCCCUCCUAUCCCGGCUUUUCUGUCUCGAAUGCCUCCAGUGUCACCCCUGCCCUUUCCUCAUUCCCGGGGCUGCAGGCGCCCUCCACAGUUGCAGCUGUCACCCCACUGCCUGUUGCUGCCACCGCCCCGUCUCCAGCCCCCGUCCUCCCAGGAUUUGCUUCAGCGUUCAGUUCCAAUUUCAACUCUGCUCUGGUUGCACAAGCCGGCUUAUCAUCUGGACUUCAAGCUGCAGGCAGUUCUGUUUUUCCAGGCCUUUUGUCCCUCCCAGGUAUCCCUGGAUUUUCCCAGAAUCCUUCGCAAUCAUCUUUGCAAGAAUUACAGCACAAUGCAGCAGCACAGUCAGCAUUGUUACAGCAGGUGCACUCCGCUGCGGCUCUGGAAAGCUAUCCGGCUCAGCCUGAGGGCUUCCCUAAUUACCCUUCCACACCAGGAACACCGUUUUCUUUACAAACAGGCCUGUCCCAAAGUGGGUGGCAGUGAACAAGUUUUGAUUUUUCUUCUCCUUCGAUUCAUCAUCAGAAUUGCCUAAGAACUGUAGUGAAGAAUCUGAUAAAUGUGAAUUUGGCUAAAAGUCAGAAAAUGAAAAUGAGGAUAAUCCUGAGGAAAUUAUUACAAGAGUUUUUAAAUCACACUUGUGUUUUUAAAAAGGGUUUUAAGUAAAAACAUCCCCAUGUGUAAAUAUGCUGACAAUGACUAAAUUGUAUGGAGAAUAGUAUUUCAGAAGUAUUUGGGGACUUUUCACCUCCCAUCCUACAAAAUUAUGAAUUGUGUAUGUGAUCUACAUAGAAAGAAUAUUAAUGAGGAGAUUGAACUCUUUAUAGCCGAAUACAGCCUUAAAUCUGCUUGUAUAGCAUCCACUGACAGAAGUAAUAGUUGUGCCUCAAGCUUUUGGGUUGCACAUGGCCCUUGAGGAGUUUCCACCCUCGGUAUGCAUGAGUGACUCCCGUUAGCAUCAGUGAGAACCCAGUACUCCAUUAUAUAUCCACAAAAAGGAACUUGAGACCACUGUUAUAUUUAAUUUCUAGUGUUAAGGAUCAUAUAUACUGCUGAAUUUAACUCAAUAUAUUUCAGGUAAGUGAAAAUGGUGCUUAAUGUAGUCUUUAGAAUGACUUUCAGGUGUUUUUGACUAAAAAUAUAUACCCAGAACUACUUUCUUACGGAAGGCUUAUAAUUUGCCUUCAAAACCAUUUUUCCUAAUCUCAGCAGUAUCCAAAUGAGUGAGGAACGCUUGACUGACUCCUGGGCCGCCUCUAUUACUCAUUGUACUCUGGAAGCUCUUGGUGAAUGUUUACAAUCAUGGGAUGUAGUAUUUCUAUUUGUACUUAAAGUCAAAUGCUUAUCUGAAAUAAUUAUGUGACAACAAAUAGAGAAGACUUGCUCUGUUAGUAAAUAUGCAGUGUGUAGUCUAUUUAAGGAUCUGUGGUAGUAUAACAUGAUUGAAUGUCAUUAACUUAAGAGUAAUAACUGCCACGUUAGGGGAGGGGGGAGAAGAAGGGAGAAUAAAUUCCAAUUCAGUGAUUAAAAGUGUAAACUAUAGAAUCUACUGUAGUACAUUUCAGCAUCUAGAAGUUCUACUUUUGUAAAGAUGGUGUCUAGAAGAUGUUGCAAAUGUAUUUUCCUUCAACAUGGGAACAAACUUUUUAAGUAUAUUAAUAAAUAUUCCUGUAUGGUUAGUUUUUAACAAUUUUUAAAAAUAAACAUUAUGGAUAAGACAAAUCUUUUA